UAUAUCAAACGUCGACGUCGCCUUUCGAGCUCUUCCAAGCUUAUUUCCAGAAACAGACGCCACGACUAUUGCCAAAACCUUUACCUAGCUUAUCCUCUCUGUCUUUCAAUCGCCCAAAAUGUCCAAUGAGUUGGCUAGUCAGGCGGGCUGGGAAGCCAACCCGCUAUCCUUCCUGUAUCGUCAGGCCGUCAUUACACCAGCCGAGAUCCCGGAAGAAUUCGACCUAUCUGAUUGCACUCUCAUCAUGACGGGUGCUAGCAGUGGUCUCGGUCUCGAAGCUAGCCGCCAAUUCCUCGAGCGCUCACUUGGUCGCCUUAUCAUGGGAGUCCGAAACACAUCAAAGGGGGAAGCGCUCGCCGAAGGCCUACGGCGGGAAUUCCCCAUGGCGCAGAUCCAAGUAUGGCACCUCGAAAUGGAGUCAUACGAGAGCGUCAGGAACUUUGUCGCACGGUGCAAGAAAGAGUUGACGCGGAUCGACAUCGUCAUCCUCAACGCUGCGGUGGUGGCGCAGAAUUUUAUGCUGUCGCGGGAGGGCCACGAGCUGAUGCUCCAGGUCAACUUCCUCUCCACAACAUUACUAGCCCUUCUUCUACUCCCAGUCAUGAAACAGAAGAAGCCAGCGGGAGAUCAGGCGAGGCUCGUUAUCGUCAGCUCGGACUUCACAUAUUGGCACACGCCAGAGGAGGACAUGGUGACAGGUUCCAUGUUCAAGCCGGCUGACAAGGAAUACCUGUGGGAAUCGGGAAAGAAUUACCAGCAGUCCAAAUUUCUGGGCCAGCUUUUUGUAGCCAAGUUGGCGACCUACGUCAACCCAAACCAGAUCAUUGUCAAUCUUGCCAACUCGGGCCUCACCAGCGGCACCAAUAUCGUUAAGCCAGCAAGCGAGUCUUUCUUCAUGGGCCUCAUGAAGAAGACCAUUGGUCGAAGCGUGGAAGUCGGCGCUAGAAGCUAUCUUGAUGCGGCGAUAGUGAAGGGCAGGGAGAGUCAUGGGAGCUUUACCUCGGACGGACUUAUCAAGCCAUGGCCGGCUGUGAUGUACACAUCUGAGGGAAAUGGUCUCAAGGAGAGGAUAUGGGCAGAGACGAAGAAGGAGCCUGGGUUUGCAGAGGCCUUUGCAGAGGUUGAAAAGGGUCUAUGAAUAUGCAAAGUUGCGAAGUGCGUAAAUUUACUUACGCACCGAGGAAAAAGACGUGUACGAAUGACUGCAGAGGCUAGGUAAUUUUCGGUGAAAUUCAUAAAGAGGGUACGAUAUUGAGGGCGGCGCAUGUGGGCAUGGCGUUAUCGAGCGGACAUAGCUUAGCCCAAGGGGCAGAAACAGGAUGAAUCAAAUCAACACUCAACCCAGCCAAUAUGCGACGACCGCGAUAUGUCUUUGUACUUAUCUACCUCGAUUGAGAGGCGGCAGGAGAUGUGCAUAAAAUAAUACAAGCC